AUGCCACCGAAAAUGACCGAUCGAAUGGAAGCUCUGGAAAACCAGAUGGGAAGCGUUACGACGGCGCUGCAAGAGCUCGCUCUCCAACUGCAGCAGCAGAGCUUGACUCUCACUGAACUGAGCAAGCAAAUGGGUCGAAAGGAAACGGGUCACGAAGGAGAUACCCCGAUAGCGGAUUCACACCCCGGUGAGUCUCGCUUGGCCGGAAAGAAGGUGAAGUUGCCGGUGUUCGAAGGAGAGGAUCCUGUGGCUUGGAUCACGAGAGCGGAGAUCUACUUCGACGUGCAGAAUACGCCGGAUGAGAUGCGGGUGAAGUUAACGCGAUUAAGUAUGGAAGGAUCGACGAUCCAUUGGUUCAAUCUGUUGAUGGAGACUGAGGAUAAUCUAUCCUGGGAGAAGCUGAAACGUGCGUUGAUUGCACGCUACGGAGGAAGAAGAUUGGAGAACCCUUUCGAAGAGCUAUCGACAUUACGACAGAAAGGAAGUGUAGACGAAUUCGUCGAAUCCUUUGAGUUGUUGUCAUCGCAGGUAGGGAGGCUACCGGAGGACCAAUACCUAGGAUACUUCAUGAGUGGGCUGAAGCCUGCGAUCAGACGCCGAGUGCGCACACUUAAUCCAGGAACUCGAAUGGAGAUGAUGCGAAUCGCGAAAGACGUGGAAGAGGAACUAAAGGAAGAAGACGAAGACGAUGGCAAGAAAAUGGUAAAGAGGAGCGGGUUCGAUCGCUCGGGUCAAAGCAAUUGGGCCGGGUCAUCCGCCAAUCGGGUUGGGCUUUUUAGUAGGGAUGUGACCCGGUUCUCUAAACCAGGCGGGUCAAUUCCAAGUCGCUCCAUGAGUUCAGUAGGAUCGACGACGAAUUCAGCCGCGUCUCUGGGUUCCUCAACUCGAAAAGGAGAAAAUGAUCUCCGUACAGGAUCAUCGGAGAAGUGGAAAGGGGUCCGCAGCUUCCAGGUGGAUGAAAUCGCUGAGCGGAGAGCCAAGGGCUUGUGCUUCAAGUGUGGGGGAAAGUAUCAUCCUACCCUGCACAAGUGCCCCGAGAGAUCCCUGCGUGUUCUAAUCCUUGGAGACGGGGAAACCGUUGAUGAAGAAGGUGAGAUUGUGAUGUUGGAGGGAGAACCGGAAGUGAGUGAAGAGGACGAGGCAGUGGUUGAGUACAAAUUAAUGGGGGUUCUGGGUCGUAUGGAGGAGCAUCAUACGAUGAAGAUUGAAGGGCAGGUUGACAAUGUGAACUUACUGGUGCUUAUUGACAGUGGAGCUAGCCACAACUUCAUCUCCCCAGCAGUCACCAAUGCUCUGGGUUUGAUUAUCACCCCUAUAGCUUCCCGACACAUCAGGUUAGGGGAUGAACACAGGGUGGUUACACAGGGAGUGUGUAAGGGAAUUAAGGCCAGGCUGGGGAAGAUUGAGGUGGUGAUUGAUGCCUUGGUGUUGGAACUAGGAGGUUUGGACAUGGUAUUGGGGGUGUCCUGGCUGAGCACACUUGGAAAAGUGGUAAUGGACUGGAAACUACUCACUAUGCAAUUUGUCCAUGGAAAUCAGGUAGUCAAGUUGCAAGGGCUAGGAGGAAAAGGGAGUAAUCACAGUUUUCUACACUCAUUCCUCAUGGACAAGCAGUACAGAGGUGGUAUGGAGUGGUGGUGGUCUCAUCUGAAUUCCGCAGAAGUGACCAAUACUGAGGUAGAAACACCAAGAGAGCUUAUGGAGACACUGGAAGAGUUUCAAGAGGUAUUUAGGAGCAAGAUUCAACUGCCACCAGAGAGGUCUAAGGUGCAUCAGAUAAAGCUUUUCCCUGAGCAGGAGACCAUCAAUGUGAGGCCUUAUAGGUAUCCUCACCAUCAAAAAGAAGAGAUUGAGAGGCAAGUGGCAGAGUUAAUGGAGGCAGGAAUCAUCAGACCUAGCAUGAGUGCUUAUUCAAGUCCUGUGAUCUUGGUAAAGAAGAAAGACAAGAGCUGGAGGAUGUGUGUUGACUACAGAGCUUUAAAUAAGGCCACCAUUCCAGAUAAGUAUCCAAUUCCGAUAGUUGAUGAGCUGCUGGAUGAAUUAAAUGGAGCUUCAAUUUUCUCUAAAAUAGACCUGAAAUCUGGCUAUCAUCAAAUCAGGGUGCAUGAGGAUGACAUAGAAAAAACUGCAUUUAGAACCCAUAAUGGACAUUAUGAAUACUUAGUGAUGCCAUUUGGGCUGAUGAAUGCUCCAGCUACAUUUCAAGCAGUAAUGAAUGAUAUUUUCAGACCUUACUUACGGAAAUUCGUGUUGGUCUUUUUUGAUGAUAUACUAAUCUAUAGUAAAGACUUACCUGAACACCUCACUCAUUUGAAGUUGGUACUAUCUGUCUUGUUAGCUAAUUGUUUUGUGGCUAAUCAGACCAAAUGCAAAUUUGGAUGUGCUUCAAUUGAUUAUUUGGGUCAUAUCAUCUCGGGAACUGGCGUGGCAGUAGAUCCAGAGAAAGUAAAAUGCAUUAUGGAUUGGCCUGUGCCCAAGAAUGUUAAGGGAGUGAGGGGAUUCUUGGGGCUGACCGGAUACUACAGGAAAUUCAUCAAAGAUUAUGGGAAAAUGGCUAAUCCUCUCACUGAGUUGACUAAGAAGGACAGUUUUUCUUGGGGACCAGAGGCAGAUAGGGCUUUUCUUCAAUUAAAGAGGGUAAUGACAUCUCCUCCUGUCUUGAUACUACCCAAUUUCACUCUUCCCUUUGAAGUAGAGUGUGAUGCUGCAGGGAGAGGGAUUGGAGCUGUCUUAAUGCAACAAAGACAACCUAUAGCUUUCUUUAGUAAAGCUUUAUCAGCUGGAAACUUGGCUAAGUCAGUGUAUGAAAAAGAAUUAAUGGCCUUGGUUUUAAGCAUUCAACAUUGGAGGCACUACCUAUUGGGGAAAGAGUUCAUAGUCUAUACUGAUCACAAAAGCCUUAAGCAUUUCCUGCAGCAGAAAGUUUCUUCACCAGACCAACAGUGUUGGUUAGCAAAAUUACUGGGUUACCAAUUUCAAGUCAAAUACAAACCCGACUUGGAAAAUAAGGCUGCUGAUGCCUUGUCCAGGCGCUAUGAUGAGGUGGAGCUGCAUUCUCUGAUCUCAUUUCCUCUCUGGAAUGACCGAAAGAGACUCUUGGAGGAGAUUACCCAAGAUCCCUACAUCCAGGACUUGCAAUCUGCAGUACAGAAAGAUCCUGCAACCAAACCUGGAUUUGCAGUACAACAUGGAGUUUUACUAUAUCAUGGAAGGCUAGUCUUAUCUCCUACCUCUCCUUCCAUCCCAUGGCUACUUGAGGAGUUUCAUGGCUCACCUUCUGGGGGUCACUCUGGCUUCCUGAGGACCUAUAGACGCUUGGCAACAACAUUGUAUUAGGUAGGAAUGCAAAAGAGGGUCAGAGACUAUGUCAGAGCUUGUGAUGUUUGUCAAAGACACAAAUACAGCGCCUUAAGCCCUGGAGGCUUGUUACAACCUCUUCCAAUCCCUAAUGCUGUGUGGGAAGACUUGUCUCUUGACUUCAUUACAGGUCUACCCAAAUCCAAGGGCUUUGAAGCAGUACUGGUGGUUGUGGACAGGCUGUCAAAAUACAGUCAUUUUAUUCUGCUCAAGCAUCCCUAUACAGCCAAGUCUAUUGCAGAAGUGUUUGUAAGAGAGGUGGUGCGCCUCCAUGGGAUUCCUAAUUCAGUCAUAAGUGAUAGGGAUCCUAUUUUUGUUAGCCAUUUCUGGUCUGAACUCUUUAAGCUGCAGGGGACCAAACUGAAAAUGAGCUCGGCUUACCAUCCGGAACUGAUGGACAAACAGAGGUCAUAAACAGGUGUUUGGAAAGCUACCUGAGGUGUUUUGCUUCUGAUCAUCCCAAGUCUUGGUCACAUUGGAUUUCCUGGGCAGAAUUUUGGUACAAUACUACUUUUCAUAGCUCAAUUGGACAGACACCCUUUGAGGUAGUCUAUGGAAGACAAGCACCCCCUAUUGUCAAGUUCUUAUCCAAUGAGACUAAGGUAGCCGCUGUGGCCCUAGAGCUAAAUGAAAGAGAUGAAGCCCUGCGACAGCUAAGGGGUCAUUUACAGAAGGCUCAAGAACAAAUGGCUAUUUAUGCAAAUAAGAAGCGGAGGGAUUUGUCCUUUGCAGUAGGAGAGUGGGUAUUUCUCAAACUGAGACCCCACAGGCAGCAUUCUGUGGUGAAGAGGAUCAAUCAGAAGCUUGCUGCCAGGUUUUAUGGACCUUUUCAGAUAGAGGCCAAGGUAGGAGCAGUUGCUUAUAGGCUGAAGUUGCCUGCAGAGUCCAAAAUCCACCCAGUUUUUCACAUUUCUCUGUUAAAGAAGGCUGUGGGAAACUAUCAAGUGCAGGGUCAGUUGCCAGCGGAUUUGGGGGUUGAUGACACCACUGAUAUUUACCCUGAAGUCAUAGUGGGCACUAGGACUGUCAGGCUCGGGGACAGUGAAGUGCAUCAGAGCUUAGUCAAGUGGAAGCAUAAGUCAAUGGAGGAAGUCACCUGGGAAGACAAUGUCGUUCUAGCUGGUCAGUUUCCUGAAUUCUGCCUUGAGGACAAGGUUGUUCCAAUGGAGGGAGGAAUUGAUAGAAAUCUGAAUGAAGAGGUGGGCUUAGUGGUAAAUGCUUCAGUGGGCCAAGAAGAGAACAGGCCCAAGGUUUGGCAAGUCUAUAGGAGGAAACGGGGCAAGGCUGCUGAGGUGGCAUUGGCUCAACAGAAUUAGGUGUUAGUAUAAAGUAACCAAGGAAAAGGGAAUAAGAUUAUUCUGGAUUGAUAAUUCUGUUAUAGAGAGAGAGUAGCAUCUCCCUCGGAGAGAACGCUCUAGAGCUUCUCUGGGUUGUUAGAGUUUUUCUAACAGCACACCUUAUCACAAUAUCUUCUGUAAUUGUCCACUUCAAUCAAUACAAUUGCAUUUCUAUUCCUUCAUUUCA